UCACCAUCGCCAGCCGCCGCGGAACCUACCCAGAACCCAGGCCGACAGGGGGUGGCGGGUUGUUUGUAUUUGAUUAUCAAUAGCGACAGGCGCAGGUACCGAUACGACGCAUUAUCUCAGCUGCUGCGCGACAAGUCAGUCCUACGCUGCCGGCCAAGUUCCAGUCCAGGUACCGCUACCUGGUCUCGUUGCACCGUGCGAUGCAAAACUGGCGGGCGAGCCUCUACGCAAGCGCGCGACUCAUGGGGAGCUCCUAUUUCAAUUCCCCCCCACUCCCCUAGACAUUAGCAACGGGCGACGAUGGGGCUGCUGCCAUGGAAUUGCAUGGGUGUCCAGCGCACCGGAGCCUGGCGCGGGGUCUGUCCAGUUUCUGCCCCAAGCAACACUGGGAAACACGACGCCAACGCCGCAAGAGGGUCCUGGAAAUGGCCUGUGGUUGGGCAGACAGCACUUCGGACCCAGCACUCUGGGAGGAUGGUGUGCGGGAAGCGUGUUACGGGAGCUGCCAGCGGGAACACCAGACUUUGCCUCCCGUCAAUCCGCACCCAGCCCGUCGGGUCGCAGCGGCGGCGGUCGGGCUUUGGGGCCAGACAGAUUGGACGCCGCCAAGGUGGACAUGAUGCAUCCAUCCAAACACCUACAGUAGCGCCCUGCAGCACGUCCUGCGCCUGUGCAAAGCGCAGAUGUGUCAGUGCGUGCGAAUACUCGUACUAUCCUGCUGGCACCACGUUUGGCGCACCAAAUAUCGAAUCGAGGAGGUGAUCCGGCCACGGGAAGGUGGGGUGGCUUUUCCGUCGAAUCCUAGCUCCCUUUGGUUUUACAUUACGGAGCACACGUGUAUCCUCCCUACGGAGAUUUCCAUCACAACACUGCUACCAGGCCUCCGUUGCAGAGCGAUGGCCUACGC